GGCCCGGCCCGGCCCGGCCCGCAGCAUGUGAGCCGCGGGGCGGGGAUGCUCUGGCUGCUCUGCGGCCCCUGCGGCGCCAUGGACAGCCAGGCGCUCGUCAUCCGCAUCCACAUCCCCGACGGAGCCGCCGUGGACUGGACCGUGCACUCCGCGCCGCAGCUGCUCUUCAGGGACGUGCUGGAUGUCAUUGGCCAGGUUUUGCCAGAUGCAACGACCACAGCAUUUGAGUAUGAGGAUGAGGAUGGGGACAGGAUCACGGUCAGGAGUGAUGAGGAGAUGAAGGCCAUGCUGUCCUAUUAUUACUCCACUGUGAUGGAGCAGCAGGUGAAUGGACAAUUGAUAGAGCCUCUCCAGAUCUACCCACGAGCCUGCAAACCUCCUGGGAAAAGGAACAUCCAUGGCCUCAAGGUGAACACUCGGGCCGGGGCCACCAACAGCAGCAGCGCGGCCACCUCGGAGGGGCUGCCCAGCAACAGCUUAAAAAAAUCCUCAGCAGAGCUGAAGAAAAUCCUCGCCAAUGGCCAGAUGAAUGAACAAGACAUUCGCUACCGCGACAUCCUGGGCCACGGCAACGGCGGCACCGUCUACAAGGCUUUCCAUGUCCGGAGUGGAAAAAUCCUGGCAGUGAAGGUCAUACCCUUGGAUAUAACCCUGGAGCUGCAGAAGCAGAUCAUGUCAGAGUUAGAAAUUCUUUACAAGUGUGACUCCUCGUACAUCAUAGGAUUUUAUGGGGCUUUUUUUGUAGAAAACAGGAUUUCAUUGUGUACAGAGUUCAUGGAUGGGGGGUCCCUGGAUGUUUACAGGAAAAUCCCAGAGCACGUUCUCGGGAGGAUAGCAGUGGCUGUUGUGAAAGGCCUGACCUAUUUAUGGAGCCUGAAGAUUUUACACAGAGAUGUGAAGCCAUCCAACAUGCUGGUGAACACCCGUGGCCAGGUGAAGCUCUGUGACUUUGGGGUCAGCACCCAGCUGGUGAAUUCCAUAGCCAAGACGUAUGUUGGAACAAAUGCUUACAUGGCACCUGAGAGGAUUUCAGGGGAGCAGUACGGGAUCCACUCAGAUGUUUGGAGCUUGGGCAUUUCCUUCAUGGAGCUUGCUCUUGGGAGGUUUCCAUAUCCUCAGAUUCAGAAAAACCAGGGAUCUUUAAUGCCUCUCCAGUUAUUGCAGUGCAUUGUUGAUGAGGAAUCGCCGGUGCUUCCAGCCGGGGAGUUCUCGGAGCCAUUUGUGCACUUCAUCACUCAAUGCAUGAAGAAGCAGCCAAAGGAAAGGCCAGCACCUGAAGAUUUAAUGGGCCACCCCUUCGUGCUGCAGUACAACGAUGGCCACGCUGAGGUGGUGUCCAUGUGGGUGUGCAGGAUGCUGGAGGAGCGGCGCUCGCAGGGGGCGCAGUGAGCUCUGAGCCCGGGGAUCUGCUCUGUCCUGGGAUCUGCUCUGUCCUGGGGAUCUGCUCUGUCCUGGGAAUCUGGAUUGUCCUGGGAAUCUGCAUUGUCCUGGGAUCUGCACUGUCCUGGGAAUCUGCAUUGUCCUGGGAUCUGCACUGUCCUGGGAAUCUGCAUUGUCCUGGGAUCUGCACUGUCCUGGGAAUCUGCAUUGUCCUGGGAUCUGCUCUGUCCUGGGACUGUGCAUUUAUCCUCCUGGGAAUCUGCACUUGUCCUGGGAUCUGCAUUGUCCUGGGACUCUGCAUUGUCCUGGGAAUCUCUAUUUGUCCUCCUGGAAAUCUGCAUUGGUCCUGGGACUCUCUAGUUAUCCUCCUGGGACUCUGCAUUUACCCUGGGAAUCUGCAUUGUCCUGGGAAUCUCUGUUUGUCCUCCUGGGAAUCUGCAUUGUCCUGGGGAAUCUGCAUUGGUCCUGGGACUCUGCAUUGAUCCUGGGAAUCUGCAUUUAUCCUCCUGGGAUUCUGCACUGUCCUGAGGCUCUGCAUUGAUCCUGGGAAUCUCUAUUUGUCCUCCUGGGAUCUGCAUUGUCCUGGGAAUCUGCACUGUCCUGGGAUCUGCAUUUAUCCUGGGACUCUGCAUUUAUCCUGGGACUGUGCAUUUAUCCUCCUGGGAUUCUGCACUGUCCUGAGACUCUGCAUUGUCCUGGGGAUCUGCAUUGUCCUGGGAAUCUCUAUUUGUCCUCCUGGGAAUCUGCAUUUAUCCUCCUGGGACUGUCCAGUUAUCCUCCUGGGACUCUGCAUUGUCCUGGGGCUCUGCAUUUACCCCGGGAAUCUCCAGUUAUCCUCCUGGGACUCUCCAGUUAUCCUGGGAAUCUCCAUUUGUCCUGGGACUGUGCAUUUAUCCUCCUGGGACUCUGCAACUUGUCCUGGGAAUCUGCAUUGUCCUGGCACUCUCCAUUUAUCCUGGGACUCUCCAUUUGUCCUCCUGGGACUCUGCAUUAUCCACAUAAUUUUUACUUCAUCUACUUCCACCACCCUGGGACUCUCCAUUUAUCCUCCUGGGACUCUCCAUUUAUCCUGGGAAUCUCCAUUUGUCCUGGCAAUCUCCAUUUAUCCUCCUGGGACUGUCCAUUUGUCCUGGGACUCUGCAUUAUCCACAUCAUUUUUACUUCAACUACUUCCACCACCUUCGGACUCUCCAUUUACCCUGGGACUCUCCAUUUAACCUCCUGGGAAUCUCCAUUUAUGCUCCUGGGACUCUGCAUUUAUCCUGGGAUUCUGCCUUUAUCCUGGGACCCUGGGACUCUGCCUUUAUCCCCAUCAUUUUUACUUCAUCCACUUCCCAAAGCAUCGACAGAAUCAGGAGAUUUGUUGGCUGCCUUUUCCUUUUUUAAGGAUUUUUAAUUGUUUCUUUUGCUGCUGAGCAAUUAUCUUCAGUUAUACUCUACACAGCCUUAAAGCAAGUGUUUUAUAUCUCUGGUUUUGAGUCACUGAGUGCUCUGUUUCCUGGCUCCA